AUGCCCACGUCGUCCAACACAGGAAACACGAUCAAAAAAGGUAAGAGUUUUACUUUCUGGGGUCUAGACGAGUGUUACAAAGCCGUAACAGUUGUGGGUCUGGGUAAAAAAUGCGUUGAACCCGAUGAAUUAGAAAUAAUAUCCGAAGAAAAAGAAGCUGUGCGUGCUGCAGCUGCAGCCGGAAUUAAAAAUAUAACAGUCGAAAGUUUUGGAGAUGCUGAAUCCGCAGCCGAAGGAGGAAUUCUUAGUAGCUGGAAAUACCAAGGACUCAAAAGCAAAAAGGAUGAUUUGCCAACUGUUGACUGGUUCGAACCGUCCGAAGCAGAUUUGUGUGGCUUUCAACGGGGUUCGAUUAAAGGUGAAGCACAAAAUCUGGCACGCAGACUCGCUGACACACCAUCCAAUCUACUGACACCGUCCAUUUUCGCCGAUGAAGCUGCCUCUAUCUUAACUCCUUUAGGCGUUGAUGUUAAAGUCUACGACAAAAAAUGGGCCGAGGACCAGAAAAUGUUUUCCUUCCUCAGUGUCGCCAGGGGAUCCAUAGAGCCACCCAAAUUCCUGGAAAUAACAUACAAAAACUCGGAUAGUAAACCGUACGUUUUGGUGGGCAAAGGAGUUACGUUCGAUGCGGGCGGCAUUAGCUUGAAACCUGCCGCCAAUAUGGACCACAUGCGGGCAGAUAUGGGUGGUGCCGCAGCAGUUUUUGGCGCCAUUCAAGGAAUCGCCCGGUUGGGAGUUCAGGCGAACAUCAAAGUGCUCAUUCCCUUGGUCGAAAACAUGCCUUCGGGAAGUGCCACCAAACCUGGAGACGUUGUAAUGGCCCGUAACGGAAAGUCAAUUUGCGUGGACAACACGGACGCCGAGGGACGGUUAAUUUUGGCAGAUGCGUUGUGUUACAGUGCCGAAUUUUGUCCGGAAUGGGUGUUGGAUAUUGCCACGUUGACUGGAGCCAUGGUGGUUUGUUUAGGAAAUGCAGCCACUGGCGUCUUUACCAACUCCAAUAAACUGUACCAGGUGUUGGAGAAGGCUGGAUCUGAAACGGGCGAUAGGGUGUGGAGGUUCCCGUUGUGGAAGCACUACACCAAACAAAUAUCCGAAAAUAACGCCUAUGACCUUAACAAUAUUGGUAAAGGUAAAGGUGGUGGCAGUUGUACGGCGGCGGCCUUCCUCAAAGAGUUCGUACCGGAGAAAACGAAUUGGCUGCAUUUAGACAUUGCCAGUGUUAUGGGUCCAGAUCAUUCUGUGCCGUAUCUCAGCAAAGGCAUGACGGGAAGACCCACAAGGACUUUAAUUGAGUUUGUGGAAUCGCAGGUUAAUAAUAAAUAA